AUGGCCUCGGUGCAGAUUUUGGACGGUGGCCUGGGAACAUCCUUGCAAGACAAAUAUGGAGUCAAGUUCGACUCCUCCACCCCACUCUGGGCAUCCCACUUGCUCGUCGCGGAUCCAGCAACCCUACAAUCCUGCCAGCAGGAUUUCGUUGGUGCAGGCACAGAUGUGCUUCUGACAGCAACCUACCAAGUAUCGGCUGAGGGAUUUGAACGAACAAAGACCCCUGAUUUCCCAAAUGGCGUCCCGAAAAGUGCAAUCGGCCCUUUUCUUCGUACCGCGCUAGAUGUUGCAGAGCAAGCAAAGGGCAGUGCAAACACCAAGAUUGCUCUCAGCCUGGGCCCAUAUGGCGCAUGCAUGAUCCCAGGGCAGGAGUACAGCGGCAAAUAUGACGUUGAGCAUGAUAAUGAAGAGGCCCUCUUCCGCUGGCAUCUCGAUCGACUGCGUCUCUUUGCGGAGGCCGAGGUGAAUCUAAUUCGGCGUGUGCAGUAUGUUGCCUUCGAAACACUGCCGCGGCUGGACGAGAUUCGUGCUGUUAGAAGAGCAAUUCGUGCUGCGGCGAUUGAAGUUCCGUUCUGGAUAUCGUGUGUCUUCCCUGAAAAGGAUGAUGUCUUACCAGAUGGGAGUUCAGUUGAACAGGUUGUCAGUGCUGCUGUGGAUCUAAGAGAAGGCGCUAGUGCUCCAUGGGGCAUUGGAAUCAACUGCACGAAAAUAGACAAGCUUCCGAGCUUGGUGAGCAAGUUCGGAGACAGUGUGGCAGCCAGAGUCUCCGCUGGCAGUCUGGCAACUGCCCCUUCCCUUGUCUUGUAUCCCGAUGGAACCAAUGGCGAGGUUUACAACACGACCACGCAAACAUGGGAGAGGCCAACCGGCACCAGAGACGACGCGAAAAGCAGGUGCCCUUGGGAAUCACAGCUUGCUGAAGUUGUCCAAGAUACGACAGCAAGUGGUCAUUUUCUCUCCUUCCUUGUUGGUGGCUGUUGCAAGGCUUCUCAUGCGGAUAUCAAAAAGCUUCAUGAUCGACUCAAAAAUCAGUGA